UAGAAGAGUGAAAGCGGCUCAAACGAUAAUUGCACAUUUUCGAAAAAUCAGUAUAGCUUAAGAGGUUUGAGAAGAAUAGACGUUAUUUCCAGAAAGCGGUGAAAAUAUUUCUUCGAUUGAAAAUUAAAGUUGACAGCAGUCAAUGAAGUAAUACUGAGUUUAUAAGUAAAAAUCUGUUGAAAAUCAUAAAAAUUGUUUAAAAUUAUGUACAUACGUGCUUAAAUAAUUUAGUGUGCCUAAUAAUAUCAACUUUGAGUUAAGAAACCAAGCAGUCAAGUGUUGGGUUUUACGGAAAAUCAAUAACCGUUUUUAGCACAUAUUUCAAGGAAUUUUAGCAGUUUUUCAAAUAUUAUAGUAAUUAUUUUAAACAUACAUAUGUUUUUGCAUACAUACAAUUGCAAAUAAAGUAAAAUACAAAUAAUUAAAAAGUUUAAAGCAUAUUUACCAAAAUUAUUGUCAAGUGUGGGUGAAAUUCUGUAUCUCAUAUGUAUAUGCAUUGAUGUUCUUGUUUUUCUGGGGGUGUACAGUAGCUACCAUAGCCCUUCCAAUCACAACACAAUUUGGGUAAAGCACACCGAGCAACAACGGUGACAUUAACAACGUAAAUGAACUAAUGCAUACAUAUGUACAUAUGUACACUCAUAAAUGCUCAAUAUUUCGUAACCACCCAUUGUGCCCCCCUUUUUAGGUCAUCGGUGCAUUGUUCGUGACUCGUCUUCAAAAUUCCAAUACACUGGCAGACGUAUGUAUAUAUUGGCGAAGGUAAAGGCAAAGAAGGAAUAAAUGUAAGUGCAUGGGAAAAGUCGCAUAAAAUCUAUCCUCGAAACCUUCGCAACGAUUAAGUUCUGGUACGUGCAUAUGCACUUGUGGUGCAGCAUCAUCAUAAAAGUGUAAUCUAAAAGUGUGCAUAACUGAAGUUAUAGUGAGAAAGUACAGUGAAAAUCGAUUUGCCAUUCUGUUGUGGUUUGUGAACAUUUAAAACGGAUACUUAAACGCAAUGGCGACAUCAACAUCGGUAUCGGCAUCAGGUUCGGCAUCGGCAUCCACAUCAGCAUCGACCUCUGGAAAUACGGGCAUCGGCUCCCCCUCUACAUCGGUUAUAUGUGAAGAGGUCUUUGAUGAGACUGAACCCAGUGCUGAAGAAAUCCAUGAUUAUGCUUUGAUGGUUGGCAUUGAUCCAGUUAAAGAACCUCACUUACUAUAUUUGGCCAAAGAAGGCUUGAUGCAGGCAUUGCCAACCGAUUGGAAAAUAUGUUAUUCCGAGGAGAAAUGUGGACACUAUUAUUACAAUAUUAAAACGAAACAAUCACAAUGGGACCACCCGCUCGAUGCGGUCUACCGAGAAUUAGUUGAACAGGCGCGGCAAAAGCACACAGCAAUAGCGGCCACACCUGUCAUCGACAACUCAGACGAUGUGUCGCAACUGGACUCAGGCAUACGCAGCCUACAAGGUAAUGAUGAAUGCGACAACACCAACAAUACAAAUGAAAUGUCUUCACCGGUAAGCAAUGUAAAUACCAAUUGCACUGUAAGGUCUGUGAAUAAAACAGUAGCUGCUGCAACUGGUAUAGGAGCCAACGCUGCGGGUAUUGCUGGCAUUGGAUUAACAAAUAAUUCAGGUUCGACUUCGAAUAGUACAAGCACAAGUGGGUUUAGCGGUGGAGUUAGUCGUUUCUUAGAAUCCAGAAGUAAAAAUUUUGGUUUAAACUUUCAACCCGUGAAAGGAUCUCGUUUCGAGGUAUCGAAAACAAACCCUCAAAUAACUUUAGCAAUGAAAUUUGGCGGAGAAGGUUUUUCUUCGAAGUUGGCAGCGAACAAAGUUGAAACCGACAGUGGUGCUACAGGUGGUGUAGAUAAGCGAGCUUUUGUGUUGUCCGGUACUGGUGCGAUGUUCCUAAAAUCGCGCAAGCAAAUGGAAACUGGGUUGAAUCAAGCCACUACUUCUAUGUUACUGAACUCCAACUCAAAUAAUAUAAUUAUUGAGAGUACUGCUGGCACGCCACCUGGCGUUAAGGGCAUAUUGCGCGAUUCAAGCUUAACAGAUAUGCGACGACGAUUCGAAAAGGAUGAUGCAGAAAAUCAGGUUAUGGAGGAUAAGAAAAGUGUACGUUUCAAUUUAGACGAGACGAAAAUACGAGGGUCUCCGGAGGAGGACCAAAGCAGUUCGCGUAAAAUAACUCAAAGCCCAGAAGCAUCAAUGUAUUCAGAUGACGAUGAUGUAGAAGAUGAUGAUCCUUGGGAUGAUGAUAAUGACGAUGGCAAUGAAGGCUGCGUUGGGUACGAUGUACUUGGCGCUGAAGGUGGUCUUCCGCGUAGUCUUAACCCAUUCCUAAUGAAUGAUGAAGCAAAAAGAAAGGAAAUACAAAUUAUAUCGGUACCUAAGGCACAAACAAUACAAAUGCUAAAGGCACAAAGCUUUUCUAUGGAUCUGCCUGAACGUGAUCGUGCCAAACUUUCAGAGUUAGCCCGCUCACAAAGUACUGAAUCCGGGAGCAUACCGCAACCAGUUUCUGUAGUAAGCUACCUCGAAAAAUUGAAAGACAAUUCUACAACGAUUAAACCAAUGUACGAGGACACAGAUUCGGAAUCAAAAGGCAGUUCCGUACGAAGUUUUAUUAUAAACAAAUCCGAACAGGAUUCUGUGAAUUCAAUUGUGCCUGCCGUUACUCCGUUUGAAAGUGAUGAAAAUGUUACUAAAAAUAAUCGUGAGCUGGAGCAAACCGAGACCAAACCCGGAACGGAGAAACCCGUUUUGCGUACAUUAAAGGUGGCGUCUAAACUUGUUAGCUUCCUGAAAAAAGAUACUGAUAAAGCCGAGCAAGAAACUUGUGUUCAAACGCUAAAUGACCGAGAAAAUGACAAAGACUACGAAAUUCAAAAACAAAAGGCUGAAAAAGAAAAGGAGGCAUUACUUAAAGAGGAACGUGAACGUUUAGAGGACCAACUUCAAAGAGAAAUCGAUGCCAUCAAGAUUGACCAUGAACACAAGCUUGAAAGUAUUCGGCAAGAAUAUGAUUCUCGUUUGACAUCACACCGACAGGAAAUGGAACAAACAUUUCAAACACGCUUGAAUGAGUAUCGGGCGCAGUUGGAGGAAGAGUUGAACACAAAACGAAAAAUGGUUGUAGAUGAACAUAAAGCUCAUAUGGUUACGCUACAAAAAAAUCACACCGAAAUUUUACAAGAUCUAGAGAGAGACUUGAAAAGCGAAGAGGAAAUCAUCAAAAAGGAACAUACACGUAAACAUUCUGAGAUGCGUGACAAAUUGGGGCACGAAUUAGAGUUGGAACGUCAGCGUAUGCGUGAAACAGGUGAAGAUAGAUUGUAUGAAAAGGUGCGUUGCGAAAAGCGUUUAUUAGAAGAUAAGUAUCGCUGUUUAAAGGAGAAAUAUGUGCGUUUAAAAACUGAUGUUAAACUAUCAUUGGAACGUCGCAAUCGACGACGCGAGGCCCAAGCGCUACAUCAACAAAGUCUCCAUACAAAUACUACUACUACAGGUUCAGAGACGGAAAGGUCUAUAUCAAACAAGCCAUCUAUCGGUAACAGCGAGAAUCGUUCACUUUCUUUGUCGACUUCUUGCCAAGAGCACGGUGGUGUUGGUAGUAUCAGUGCAGUCCCUCAUACACUAUUGGGCAGUAAAAGCCCAAAACCACCAGUGCCACCUAAAACUCAUCUAACGCCUGUCACCGGCAGCAAAGAGCAUUUAAAUUCUGUGGUCCGUGAGCGUUCAAAUGAACGUGGACAGCUAUCAAUAACACGGAAGCCGGGCAUCGCUUCAAAAUAUAUUAAGCACUUGCAAGUUCAAGAUGACACAACUACUUCGAUUAGCCAAUCAGACACGACUAUAUCGAACAAUUACAGCAAGGGGCGUUACCUACCAGCACCACUAUUGAGCGAUAAUGGAAACUCCGAUUCAGAGGCUGCUUUCCAAUGCAAUCAAGAGAACAAUAAUAACGGACGUGGUAAUAGCCAACGUAAGAAAAUAUUUUCCCGUUUGAAGUCCGCUUCUACAUCACGUUUAAAUUCGGACAAUUACAAAAACGACCGACCUUGCACACCGGUUGAGAAUUUGCGUCAUCAGCUACAGAAGCUAGAAGAUUUAGAAGAUCAAUUCCCUGACAAUACACUGGACACCACUUAUCAUUUACGCUACCCAUUCUCCGAUAUAUCCAACGAUCGUGCCGGUGCUGGCAAUAGUUCAGAGCUUGAGUUUUUUAAACACCGCAUACAUUUGGAGCGAGAUAGUGUGCGACGUGCCAAGGAAUCAUUACGCACACAGCGUACUAAUUUUCGUUCACGACAACGUGAGAUCAAACAGCGUCAUAAGGCUUCCACAACACGUCAUUCAUUGGACCAGCUUAUACAAGAGGAAAAGGAAUUGACUGAAAUGGAAGUAAAUUUGCACCGCACACGUGCGCUACUCGGCGAAAAGGUUAUACGCUUACGUCACUUGGAACAAAGCCUUUUAAGAAUUUACGAAAAGGAGAAACCCAACAUGGAUUUGCUGGGCAUAGAGCAGAAAGACGAUGCCACGCUAAGCGAUCUUUCAUCACAUUCAAGCUCAGGUUUUAGCAGCACAGAUUUCGCCAGUGGUGCCGAUACACACAAUUUGCACAAACGAAAAGAGAAUUAUCAUCAGGAAUCAACAGAAUGUAUACAAAAUCUAGAAAUUCUCAAUGCGGAGAUUCGGGAAAUUCUCGAUAUACUUGGAAAAAGUCAACACGGAGGAAUACCCAUGAUUUCACCCUCCGAGUUGAAUUGGUCACACAUGCUAUCAACCGGUAUGAAUUCAGCUCCCACACCACCAACAAAUCUUCAAAAUGCUGGCGCAACCGCUACGCUUAUGCAUGCACCACAAUCCAUACCAACACUAGCUGAUCGCUUGGAGACAUAUCGUCAACUUGCUACUGGGCGCAUGCAAAAUUCAAUGGGCGGCGCUAUACUCGCGGCAAAUACAAUAGUUUCGCAAAGUCCACGUGCCGUCAACUAUACGACCAGUCUAGUGGAGCGCACCAGAGAUCUACGCAAUUGGCUGCGACAAGCCAAAACAGAACAUGAAUUACUAACGGGCGGUAGCAAUAUUGUGCUACCAAUGCAGCAUAGUGGCUUAGGUUUAACAGGCAGUGCCUUGGGUGUGAAUACGGUGAGCAUUCUUAAUGCUAGGGAAUGUGGUGGCAAUGUUAAUGGCGCUGUCGGUGUUGGAACAACAGCCACAACUGGAGGAGGCGGCGGUACGGGUACACAGACUAAUCUAUAAUUAGGAUACAAUGUUUUCUGCUGCUGGCGCAGUUAGGAACUCAAGGAAUGAGAUGUAGGCAUGUGUGUCUGAGAAUAGUGUGGUAGAUGUACAGCUAAAUAUAGCUAAAUUCGAGAAUUUUCAUGAUUGUUCGGCCUGCUCUAGUUGCUCUAGAAAUGUGAGUAUAAGGAAAGUCUAGUUGCAAAGAUCAAACUACUUUAUUAUAGAAACUAUAUAAAGUUUUAUCGGAUCUCUAUUCAAAACCAAAGAUAAUCGUUAUUGAAACUAAAAGAUUGAAUAUAAUAGUUGUAUUUGUAAUAAAAUCAUACUGAAGUUAUAUAAUAAAUAAAAAAGUAUAGUUCUGGUGCCAAAGAAAUGUAUUUGCAUGUGAAGGGAAAGAUAAUGUAGUGGACAUAUAGUUAAAGUUAGAGAAUUUUGGCAGAAACUCAUUUUAUUUAGUAAAUAUUAGCGAAAUUCCAAUUUAAAAAAGUCAUCACAACAAUAAUUAAAUACUUAUAAAAUUUAAAUAUAAACGAGUGAUGUUAUUUUAGCUGUUAGUAAAGCCAAGCCAUUUCUUUGCAUAUUAUGUAUAUUAACUAUUUAUUUGAAGAAAUAAUCUAAAUAUCUGAAUGUAAUAUUUAUAUACAUAAAUCCAACGACUUAAUAGUUAUAGUCAGAAUUGAUCAUAAAGUAAAAUCCACAUGAAUUUGAAAAUUGUCCUUAAAACUAAACUAUAAAUUUGUUAUACGUUACAAUAACGAUUUCUUUUAUAACUAUUGAAGAUGGUUAGUACUUGUACUCAAAAUAUUUCGAAUAUGUAAACACAACAUUUUCAUUAACUCAUAAAUCGGUACUACUGAUCUAGUCACAGAUAGCACAAAAUAUUUGACUCUUCAUAUGAUUAACGUUAUGAUUAUUCUUAACCUUUUUUAAGUUAUGCUGAAUUUAUAUAAAGUGAGUAAAAUAAUAUUGAAUUUACACAUCUGUUGCCGAAUUUUACAUUCCAUAUUUAAGGACCAACUUAAUGUGCAUACAAAAAGGCUAAAUUUGUUAUUGAUAAUCAGUCGUGGAUUGCAUCGUGCUUUUGCAAAGUAAAUAAAUUGAUUGAUAUAAAUAUUGAAUAUAUUUAUUAUUUGUAUGUAAAUAAAAAAUUGUUUACUCCGAAGCUUUCGAAAUCUAUUACAAAAUUUAAAAUUUUCCUUUAGGGAUCAUACUAAAGUUGGACACUGUCUUUCGACUAAAGCAGCACUGAGUGGCUGAUACUUAUGAAAUACUAUAAGUUACAGAAACUCAUUUUCUACAUUUAAGGACCAAGUUAAUGUGCAAGUAAAGUGCUUAAUUUUUGAAAUGCAUUGAAAAUAUUACUUAAUUAUCUGCAUAGGGAAUUUGCUUUUUUUUGUUUGCCGAAGUAAUAAUAAUUUUUAUUGGUUCGUUUUCAAGGAAAAUGCCAUUUGAUGAUUUUAAAGACAAUGGUUUCAAGCAAAUUAUUGUAUGGAAUCCCCGUGAACUGGUACCGGUUAGACUGAUGCAUGAAAUUUAUGUACGUACUCAUACUUAAUACUUUAACACUUUCAAGCUUUGAAUAUUAAGAAAUAAAAAUAUAUAACGUAUGGGCAAUAUAUGUCAUAUAUUUGUAUGUAUAUCUGAUAAAAUCUAAUAUCACACACAAAUGUACUUCUUAUACUCAUUUUUAGUAACUACAUACAUCUAGAUUGUAUACAUAUUUAUGUAUAUGCAUGAUACUUAAAAAAAACUAAACAAAGUCUUCUUAGAACCUAUACAGAUUGAGGGAAUAUUUUUUUCGUAAAAAAUUAUUACCACUUCUACGAAGCAGAUCAAAAUAACAUAUUCUUCAACAAAGAAGCGUAGUAAAAUUUAAAAGCUGUGAAGCAACGAAGAUCGAAAUACAAAGGUGAAGCACAAAUUUAUUGUCGGCUUGUGGAGUUAUAUUUAUAAAUCAAUAGUAAAAUGAAUUAGUAAUAAGUGUAAGUUGGUGUUACAAAUUACAAAAAUUUAAUAUUUGAAAUUAUUAAAUGUAAAAAAAUAAAGCAGUUUGAUGAAAUCUUGCGAAAAACAAUGUGGAAUGGCAAGAUAUCCAAGUUAAGUACUAUUACGUACCAGCAACAAAUAUUAAACAAAAUAUAAAGAAUUCAUCCUUAUAACUUUUUAUGAUUAUAAAACCUCAAACAUUGUUUUAAAACAAUAAUUAUAAUUAUAUAAUUUAAUUUUAAAACUAACUUUAAGUUAAACAAAACGUACCAAAUAACGGUUAUAAAAUAUUUUAAUCUCUAUGGUAGCAGUAUGAUUAAUAUUAUUUAAAUAAUAUAUUUAAAUAUAUUAUUUAU